CAACAUAGCACAAAAACGCGAGUCUCGAGUGUUGUGUGUGUUAUUUACCAACCAGAAGCUAGAACCACUCGAUUCUACCGUAGGAUUGUCGCUGUGGCGCGCUCCAGCCAGCCGGUGAUGGAUGUGGGGCAGAAUAAGUCCAGCCGGGAGGGAUGUCAUGGGAGCCGAAUCUAAUUCAUGUUUCCAUUUCCUGCCGCGUUGAAAUGUAUGUGAAUCUAGAAUUGCAUCCCAAACAUUUGGGCAGACGGAUACAGAAAGUAUAUUGGUGGCGGGGGCCGCCGCGCCGAGGAAAUGUCUCAUGUGCUUGCUGCCCUCCGAUGAGCUGGGCUCAAUCGAAACUGAAUCACCGGAAGAGCUGAAGCGGAUAGUGGAGAAUAUUUAUAAAAUAGCUAAAAUUGAGAUAACACCAGCCGGAGGGAAAAUUGAACCCCUAUGUGGCAGUUGUCGUGCCAAACUAGGGUACGAUUUCGAUGAGGAUGCAUACUACGAAAUGCUGAGUAAAAUGUACCGAGAAACCAGUCCUUCUGGUCCCCAAGUAGUGACGCUGGGCAACGCAAUUCCGUUACACAUAGGAUUAUCGCCACCAGAAAACUUCGAUUCUCCGGGAAGCCCUUUGCUGUUGGAUACCGCCUGUGGCACGUUCGUUGUCACUGAGCUCGGUCGUGACGAUGAAUCAGCUGAGAAAACAUCGGAUCUGAAAUGUAUAAUCUGUUCCAAGGUUUUCAACUUUAAGUCAACGCUACGGCUGCACAUCCGUAGUCACCACAAUACCGCAAUUCGUGAACCGGAACCGCACAAGCAAUCGCGGAAACCUCGGCUGUACGAAUGUGGCGAGUGCAAUUUGAGUUUCAAACUGAAGUACGACUACGAUAAGCAUCAGUCUAUGCACAAUCGUUCGAAUCUGUUCCAAUGCGAGGUUUGCUAUAAACUUUUCAAACACAAAUCGUACUAUUUGAUGCAUCGAAAUGCGAAGCGCUGUAAAGCGCUUCCGCUAAACCUGAGCACCGACUCCGUCGGCACCGUAAGUUCCGGCAAAGGCCAAGAAAUGAACAGCCUCAACGGGGGUAUUAGAAAUAUCAGCUAAAGUCAUCUGUCGUAAUCAAACCAAAUAUGUGUUUUAACAAAAAAAACAUCAAAUUUUCUUCGUUUUGCCAUAAUCACCACACCAGUAUGUAUGUACGUGUUUUUUAACAAUUAUUAGCGUUAGUAAAUUAUUGGGUAGAUAUACUUGAUACGGAGAAGUGCGGCUGGAGAUUGUCCUCGGAUCCAUUUCUAGUUCCUCUUUAGCGUUUUAGUUAGCUCCCACCGAUUUUAGUUUUGUACCGAAUCGUGAUUUUGUGAUUUUAUUUAUUGCUAACAAACAAAACACCACACCAAUCUUCCAUCCGCACCCUCGGCUUCAAGCACGAUUUUCUGGUCUCUUCGAUUUAGUCAUUAAUUGUAAAUGGAAUGCAACAAACCAAAAACGGAAUCUAAACAAACACACACAAUAGCAACCGGUAGAGUUAAAUCUAAGGAAAUAAGUCAGAUAUUCAUCUAUUUAUUAUCUCUUGUAUAUUCCUAUGAAGCAACACUACUAGUAUUUCAUUGUAGGGUGAAACGAUAAAUUUAAGAAAAAAGUCAAAUGAAACACUGGUCAUACGAGGAAUUGGAUACAGUAGCGAUGCGUCGCUAAAGUGGAUGCCAUUUGUUCCAUAGAAGGUGGAAGGAAAUGUGUUAUGUGAUGAAACAAAUUGUGAAAAUUAAUAUUUAAUGGAAAGUAAUUAUCUAGAUAAUAGAAAACUACAUUAAACCUUUUAAUGUAAGAGACAAAACCUUCAUCGAUGAUAUUGAUUUUACAAGAUAA